UUCGGAGGUGGCGGCGGGCGCGCAGCCCGAGCCGCGCGGGACUGGCCGUCGGGGUCCCGGGACGGCAGCCCCCGGGGAGCGCCCAUGCCAUGGAGAAGCUAGCGGCCGGACUGGCCGGGCUGCGCUGGAGCAUGGGCGCUUUCCCGCUCGACCUCAUCGUCAGUCGCUGCCGCUUGCCCACGCUCGCCUGCCUCGGGCCAGGGGAGUAUGCUGAGGGCGUCAGUGAGCGCGACAUUCUACUGAUCCACUCCUGCCGCCAGUGGACAACAGUGACAGCCCACACCCUGGAGGAGGGCCACUAUGUCAUUGGGCCCAAGAUUGACAUCCCUCUGCAGUACCCAGGCAAAUUCAAGCUCUUGGAGCAGGCUCGGGAUGUCCAGGAGCCGGUGAGAUACUUCAGCAGCGUGGAGGAGGUGGCCAGUGUCUUUCCUGACCGAAUCUUUGUCAUGGAAGCCAUCACCUUCAGCGUCCAGGUGGUGUCAGGCGAGUUCAGCGAGGACAGCGAGGUGUACAACUUUACACUGCACGCAGGCGAUGAGCUCACUCUCAUGGGCCAGGCAGAGAUUCUGUGCGCCAAGACCACCAAGGAACGCUCACGCUUCACCACGCUCCUGCGCAAGCUGGGUCGUGCAGGGGCCCUGGCCGGAAUGGGCGGCCCAGGGAGCGUGGGGGCCGCGGGGGGUGGCAGCGGGGCUGCCAGGCCGGUCAAAAGCAAGAUGCCCUGUCUCAUCUGCAUGAACCAUCGCACCAACGAGAGCCUGAGCCUGCCCUUCCAGUGCCAGGGCCGCUUCAGCACGCGCAGUCCUCUGGAGCUGCAGAUGCAGGAGGGCGAGCACACGGUGCGCGCCAUCAUCGAGCGCGUGCGGCUGCCGGUGAACGUGCUAGUGCCCAGCCGGCCACCGCGCAACCCCUACGACCUCCACCCGGUCCGGGAGGGCCACUGUUACAAGCUGGUCAGCAUCAUCUCCAAAACGGUGGUGCUGGGGCUGGCGCUGCGCCGCGAGGGCCCGGCGCCGCUGCACUUUCUGCUGCUCACCGACACGCCACGCUUCGCUCUGCCUCAGGGCCUGCUGUCCGGGGACCCACGCGUCGAGCGCCUGGUGCGCGACAGCGCCUCCUACUGCUGCGAACGCUUCGAUCCGGACGAGUACUCCACAGCCGUGCGCGAGGCGCCCGCAGAGCUCGCCGACGACUGCGCCAGCCCGCGCCGAGCGCGCCUCUGCUUGCCCGCGCCGCGCGCCCCCGGGCUCGUCCGCGCGCCCGGACCACUGGGUCGCCUCGGUCCGGCCCUGCCUGCGCCUGGCGACGGCGACCAGGAGUACGUGAGCCCGGAUUGGGCGGGCGCGCUGGAGCCCGCUGCCGCGUGCGCCGAGAUCCCCUAUGAGGAGCUGUGGGUGCACCAGGCACUCGAGAGCUUUGCCGACGCCCGUGCACGGCCGCAGCCAGGGCCGGACCUCAUCUCCUUCGGGACCAUGGGACCCCCACGUCAUGAGCCAGAGGCACCACCGCCUCCUGUCCCCCCCAAAUCCGAGGCAGUGAAGGAAGAGUGCCGCCUGCUGCAUGCCCCUCCGGUGCCUCCUCGGCCUGGUGGCAGCUGCGGCAGGCUCACAGGCAGCCCCCCAGUGCCGCCUCGCUUUCCCAAGCUGCAGCCUGUUCAUUCAUCCAGCUCCAGUCUGUCCUACUAUUCCUCCGGCCUGCCAGAUGGGGCAGGAUCCCGCAGUGGCAGUGGCUCCCCGUCACCGGAUGCAUACUCCCUCUAUUGCUACCCUUGCACCUGGGGAGAUUGCAAAGCUGUGGAAUCCUCUAGUCGCCCACCCCCAGGACCCCUGCCUUCUACCACCACUCAACCCAGCCAGGCAUCAAGAGCCCUAGCAGAGCCUCUGAGUGGUCGAACCACCUCCCUCUUGGGGGUUGACACCCCAGUGAUUAAGAACUACCAUAGCUGCCCGCCUCUGUUCAAACCCUCCCAUCCCCAGAAGCGCUUUGCUCCCUUUGGUGCGCUCAACCCCUUCUCUGGGCCUGCCCACCCUUCGGGUGCUCCAGCGACCUCUUCCUCUGGGUCCACACCCACUUCAGGUACCCUGCCUACCUCCAGCCCCACACAUUCCCCAGGCUCAGGCUCACAGGGCCAAGGUUACUCAACUACUCUGUCCACUUCCUUGUCAUCCUCUGAGUGGCAGGAGCCAGCGCUGGAACCCCUGGACCCAUUUGAGCUGGGGCAGGCCAGUCCUCCUGAGCUGGAGCUGCUGCACUGUCAGGAGCCCAGAGCCGCAGGGGCACCUGGGUCUGGAUCCUGCCUUUCACCACUUGGUCCUUCCAAGACCUUUGAGCCCGAAAGUUUGGUGCUGAGGCAGGUCCCUGCCUCAUUGUCACCAGCUUCGUUGCAGGGGCCUGAGGCAGGAGGAACCCUACUCUUUCUCACCCAAGGGUGCCUGGAAGGUCCCCCUGGCAGCCCCCGAGAGGGAACCACAGGCGCAGGAGUCCGGGAUGCUUCCGCCUGGCAGCCACCAGCAGACUUGUCUGCACUUUCCCUGGAAGAGGUGUCUCGAAGUCUGCGCUUCAUUGGGCUCUCAGAGGACGUGGUGAGCUUUUUUGCCCGUGAGCGCAUCGACGGAAGCAUCUUUGUGCAGCUCAGUGAAGACAUCUUGGCCGAUGACUUCCGUCUCACCAAGCUGCAGGUCAAGAAGAUCAUGCAGUUCAUCAAAGGCUGGAGACCCAAGAUCUGAACUGUCCAGCCAGCUUCUGCCCAGCCUGAACUUGGGAGCGGAGGCCUGGGGGUUAAG